AUGCUCGGGUUGACGACUGGUAGGAAUCGCAACAUCUGUGUCACUCUCUCAGCAGGUCUGCUGGUCUUCCUACUAUUAAUAUCCUAUUCAGGAUUAGGAACUAGAGAGAGCGAAGCCGGCGCGGACAGCCAAGCGCACUAUGGGAAAAAGUUCCUCCCGCAAUUCGCGAAUCCUUUCCGGGGUUACCUCUUUGCCAGCUGGGAAUUCGAUGCAGUACGAGAUGGCGACGACUACGGACUCUCAGACCGGCAAUGCUCUGCAGCCUUCCCAAAACUCUACGCCGAUAUCGAUGAGAUGGUAUCUCGCAGGGAACUCAACCACGUCGCAAAGGCAGACUUUGACUCUGUAGAAGGGGACCAUGUCGGAAGCUCAAUAAGAGCGAUGAUACACAGAGGGGAACUGUACAUAAUAUCUGAAGACGGACUCGCGGAUUAUCAGUCGCGAGGGUUUGCGACACUGCAUGCGAUAAACCGCGCACUGAUGGCCUAUACCGACCGAGCUCAACUUCCGAAUUGUGAGUUCAGAAUUUACGUUGGCGACAUGGCUCAGGGAGACGAUACCCUUUGGGUAUAUACAAAACCCGUUGAGUCGGAUACGGAGAACUUGUGGUUGAUGCCGGAUUUUGGGAUGUAUGAUUGGCCGGAGGCAAUGAUAGGAUCCUACAUCAAAUCACGACGCGAUAUGAGGGUCAUAGAGGAAGAAGUGCCGUGGGAAAAAAAGACACAGAAAUUCCUCUGGCGGGGCAUAAUCUUGCCACCAUACCAGAGCCGCCAUGAUCUAUUACGCGUUGCGCAAGACAAACCCUGGGCAGACGUUGCCACAGAGGUCAUCAAUACUCCUGACAGCCACAUCAUCCCCAUGGCUGAUUUCUGUCGAUGGAUGUUUGUGGGUGAUGUAAAGGGAGCGUCCUGGAGCGGUGGAGCCAAGUAUAAGCACAACUGUCACUCGGUAUUCGUGUCUCACAGAUUGGCAUGGCGGGAGAUAUACACAGGUGCAAUGGUGGAUUCAGGGCCAGCGCAGAAUUGGGUCUCCGUGCUCGACGAUUGGUCAAAUCUUGAAGAGACGUUGCAAGAUCUAAUCGCUAAUCCAGCCAAAGCCAAGAUGAUUGCAGACAACAGUGUCAGAACGUUACGGGACCGAUACUUGACGCCUGCGGCGGAGGCAUGCUACUGGCGCCAGUUGAUUCAAGGGUAUGCUUCGGUCAGCUUCGAGCCGGAUUUCUUCGAAAGCGAUAAUAAAACUUGGCGAGGAACGCCCUUUUCUUCCGUGGCUCUGAUGGGGAUGGUGAAGUGGGAUUCCGAUCAGGAUAGCUUAAUUACUGCUGCUAGAGUUAGACAUACAUGA